GGGCCCUAAAAAUGAACGGAUUAUAAGACCUUCCUCCACUCUGCUUUCAGUGCAGCAGAUGGCAGCACGCACCUUAGUAGAAGAAGAAACUUAUGAGGAAGUAGGGAAGACGGUCCCACGGUAGUGACGUCAGUGAACCUAUGUCAAAUAUGGAGAGCCCGGAGUUAACUUUUACUUUGGCUUACAUGGUGUUUUGCCUCUGUUUUGUGUUUACGCCCAACGAGUUCCGUUCGGCCGGUUUAACAAUCCAGAAUCUGUUCUCAUCCUGGCUGGGAAGUGAGUUUGUGGGCUUCACCCAGUACCACGUCAGGAGGACCAGCAUUACCGUCCUGGUCCACUCCGCACUGCCUUUAGGUUACUACAUGGGGAUGUGUAUCGCUGCUCCAGAAAAAAACCUGGGAUACAUUCACCAGGUGAGUGACAGCUGGAGAGUAUUUCUCCUCCUGUCGCUCUGCCUCCAGUUGGCCAGCUGGACACUCGUCAUCUACUGGUCCCGCUUCCGCUGGCAUAACCAUCCAAUCAGCCGAACCCUGCAGGCGCACGCACAGCCUCCUCACUCCAACUGGGGCUCUUUGGCAACUAGCAUCAACAAUGAGUUCAGACGCAUAGAUAAGUUUGCUACAGGGGCCCCUGGAGCCAGAGUUAUUGUGACAGACACCUGGGUGUUAAAGGUGACAACCUAUCACGUCUACAUGGCCUUACAGAGUGAAUGUCAUGUGACAGUGACAGAGUCUAGACAGCACCAGCUGAGUCCAGACUCUGCCUCCCCCACACAAAUCUUGACCCUGAGAGUGGACAGCGUCAACCCUGCUGUCAGACACUUUGAUAUCAGGCUCAACUCUACGGAGUAUGCAGAGUUCAGGGGGAAGCUACACGCUCCCAUCAGAAACUCUGCCAAUGUAGUGAUCCAGCAAACGAUCAGUGAACUCUUCCUGGAAACAUUCAGAGCUCAGGUGGACCUCAAUCAGCGGUACACACUCCCCAAUGGACAGGAGAUAGAGCCUUGCAUCGGCUGUAUGCAGGUUCCAGCAAGCAUCAAGCUGGUUAGACUCUGCCAUGUAGAAGUGCUGUGUGUUGUAGGAGCUGAUAAUGAGUGCCAGCAGUGUUUCUGCAGACCCAUGUGGUGUCUGUCCUGUCUGGGUCGAUGGUUCGCCAGCCGCCAAGACCAGCAAAGACCUGAGACCUGGUUGUCCAGCAGAGUACCUUGCCCCACCUGUAGAGCCAAAUUCUGUAUACUGGACAUCUGUGUGGUCCGCUGACAUGACCGACAUACAGACCCAACUGACUUUUUCUUUUGGAAAUAAUGUGGACGUUUGUUUUUAAGCAAGAUUCAGCAACAAACCUCUGGAGGAGAAGGAGUGGACAGUACAUUGGUCUAAGUUAUGCACCUGCCCAUUCUGUGCUUUCAGCAGGGUGUUACAAUUUAGGGGAAUUUGAUUAAACACUCUGAAAAACAUUGGCUUUUACC